CUUCACACGUGCUGAUUUAACACAUGUAGAUUUAACCAUGACUAUAUUCUAUUAUGUUCUAGUUGUUUUAAAAUGGGUCCUAUUGUUUGGUUAAUGUUAACGGCUUUAAUCUGCCAAUCAUGGACAGAGCGGCAACUUAAUUUUACGAAAGAUUUUCUUACAAAAAACAUCAAAUUUAUCCGUCACCCACUACUUUCACCAUUCAGUUCAAAACAUCAAAGCGUUGCCAUUAAUAGCAGCUUGAAAGAAAAGUCCGACCCAUUGGCCGACUUGUUACGACUUGGUGGAUAUGACAAGCGAGUACCUCCACCCGUCAAUGGAACACUCACUGUCAAUGUCGAAAUUGCGUUAUUGACGUUGUCACAUAUCAACCGACACAGUCUUAAUUAUGAAGUAGAUUUAAUUCUGCAGCAAAGAUGGCACGAUCCGCGGUUGGCGUACAAUUUGAUUGAUGAGAAGAACGACUAUUUGAAUUCUAUCUAUCAUUAUGGAGAUAUCUGGUUGCCCGACACGAAUUUCGUUAGCGUUGAUUAUGAAGAGUCAUCUCCUCAUGUUAACUUGGAAUUGACCAUUUCUCCGAAUGGAACUGUCAAUUAUCUCAUGGGGUAA